CAAAUUUUUAUUUAACUAUCGUUAAAUUUUAUUUGAUCAAAAAUCGUGGAUCAAACAGUAUGCAAUAUAAAGCGACCAUCAAGUGAAUCUCAUUCUAAAUGAAUCAAUACAUAUAUUAACUCAAUUGAAAAACAAUGUGCUAACCAUACAAGAUUGUUAAACUAAUAACAAGACAUAUAUGAAUAAUUUCAAACAAUAUUGCUUAAUUACUUUGACUUAACUUAUCUUUAAUUUUAAAAAUUAAUUUUCCUCUACGAUUUCAAUCAUUAUUUUUACAUACACUGAAAAUUAUCUUGGAUAAUUUAAAACAAGGAGCAAAGAAAAUAUCUAAUGUUUCACCUUCGAAACCUUUGAGUUUAGUAGUACAUGCUAAUAUAAUGGCUUGGAAAAAAAAACUAUUUUGAAUACUCAUGUUGUCGACGAUUUUGUAAAUACGAUCAUUUACAAAGAACACAAUGAGACUGGAUGUAAUCACAAAAAAGAACAAUAUCCUAUGACUAGUAAGUAGAUAAUAACUUAUGCCAAUGAUAUUAGGAUGGAGCGUAUGGAUUUGAGUUUUAAAUCCAUCAUAAAAGUUUUGGAAACAAAAUUAUACACAUUUUUUGUUUCAUUUAUUACAAUUUGUAGAUUUGGGUUCAGAAUUUUUAAUACAUUACAACCCUUUAAUUUUUGCAAAUUAAUUGUUUAACUCUAAUAUUGUUUUUCGCCAGUUCCAGUUUCUUUUCUAAGAAAUUAUAUCUACAUAAUGUGUAUACUGGUUAUGGUUUAGCUAUAUAAUUUCUUCUAGUAGUAAAUUCUUACAAAAUAAAGAUACGCGAUAAUGGACAAUCCAUACUCGAUUAAAUUCACAUUUGUAAACCCAAAUUUAUGUAAAUGUUGGAGCGUAUUAGCAUUUACAGAAAGUUGAGAAUACGUAUAAACAAUGGUUAAAUUCGAUUGGCAGGUUAUUUCUUAACAACAAAAUAACUUAAAACAUUAAUAAUUUAGAAAUAUUCUAUUUUGAUAGUAUUUAGUUUAAACAAUAAGUAUAUUUAUUUUUUCUAAAUUUUCUAAAUAUGUUAGAGAAAACUCAUAUUAACGGUCACAUUUUAUUUAACGUUAAACUGCAUUAAUUAAUUUCUUAUGUUCACUUGAAAAUACGUUUAUGUUUGUGUUUGAGUGUUUAAUCUCUUAUAAAUAUGAGACAAAAUUUCAUUCUAAAAUACCAGAUACAAACAUUUUAAUAUAUUAUAUUAAUAACAUUUGCGACUUAUUUCGAAAACAUUGGCACAAUGGCUCACACUUCUUCCCGAACUACUAUCGUAUUCAUUGUUGUUGCUUUGAUUUGUGCGUUCGUUCCUGCAUUCUCUGUUGAAGAAGCUGAAGCAAAAUCACUAUGGGAUACCUGUCUUCUUAAAAUCAGUCCAAAAUGUGCGUUGGAUAUAAUUGGUGUUGUCUUUGAAAAUUUAACCAUCACUGAUGCAUGUUGUCAUGAUCUUGUACAAGAAGGAAAAAUGUGUCACGAUACUCUUAUCAAAUAUAUUGCUGAGAAGCCGCAUUUAGUUGCCCACGAAACAGAGUAUUUGAAGAAAAGUGAUGAUUUGUGGACUCAUUGUGUCUCAGUUUCGCAAACUGCUUAAAAAUAUGUUAUGCUUGUAUUGAUCUACAAAUUUUUAUUUAACUAUCGUUAAAUUUUAUUUGAUCAAAAAUCGUGGAUCAAACAGUAUGCAAUAUAAAGCGACCAUCAAGUGAAUCUCAUUCUAAAUGAAUCAAUACAUAUAUUAACUCAAUUGAAAAACAAUGUGCUAACCAUACAAGAUUGUUAAACUAAUAACAAGACAUAUAUGAAUAAUUUCAAACAAUAUUGCUUAAUUACUUUGACUUAACUUAUCUUUAAUUUUAAAAAUUAAUUUUCCUCUACGAUUUCAAUCAUUAUUUUUACAUACACUGAAAAUUAUCUUGGAUAAUUUAAAACAAGGAGCAAAGAAAAUAUCUAAUGUUUCACCUUCGAAACCUUUGAGUUUAGUAGUACAUGCUAAUAUAAUGGCUUGGAAAAAAAAACUAUUUUGAAUACUCAUGUUGUCGACGAUUUUGUAAAUACGAUCAUUUACAAAGAACACAAUGAGACUGGAUGUAAUCACAAAAAAGAACAAUAUCCUAUGACUAGUAAGUAGAUAAUAACUUAUGCCAAUGAUAUUAGGAUGGAGCGUAUGGAUUUGAGUUUUAAAUCCAUCAUAAAAGUUUUGGAAACAAAAUUAUACACAUUUUUUGUUUCAUUUAUUACAAUUUGUAGAUUUGGGUUCAGAAUUUUUAAUACAUUACAACCCUUUAAUUUUUGCAAAUUAAUUGUUUAACUCUAAUAUUGUUUUUCGCCAGUUCCAGUUUCUUUUCUAAGAAAUUAUAUCUACAUAAUGUGUAUACUGGUUAUGGUUUAGCUAUAUAAUUUCUUCUAGUAGUAAAUUCUUA